UUGAAAAAGGUCUGUCUCCGAGUAAGCAUGCCGAGUUACUAGUUACUAGUACCAAUGGAAAAGGAAAAAGAUUCUCCAAUCCAACACAACACAACACAUAACUUGUUUCUCAUUCUCUCACUUACUCAUUUCAGUGUGGAGGUGUUCAAAAAAGCAGCUUAACUCAAAAAGCAGUUUCAAACUCAUCAGCUUCAGUGUGUAUGUCUAUUAUCUCCUAAGUUUUCGCCCUUACUUUACUCUCUUGUACUUUUCAACUCUUUCACUUGAGAUUAUUGAGGGAAAGUUAUUGAGCUUUAGAUUUUGCAUACACUAAUUGUAUUACAAACCAACACUCUUUUUUCUCAUAUGAUGGAGUUUGCUAGAAGUGAAAAGUUUAGUAACUGUGUUGUUUUUAUCUUGUUCUUUAACGCGUUGUUGUUGUGUUGUGUGAGUGGAAUUGGUGUUAACUGGGGUACACAGUGUACACAUCUUUUGUCACCAACCACAGUGGUGAAAAUGCUGAAAGAUAAUGGGAUUCAGAAGGUGAAACUAUUUGAUGCUGAUCCAAAUAUCUUAAAUGCUCUCAAGAAGACUGGUAUUCAAGUCAUGGUGGGGAUUCCAAAUGACAUGCUUUAUACACUUGCUAAUAGUCUUCCAGCUGCUGAAAAAUGGGUUUCCAAGAAUGUUUCUGCUCAUGUCUCUUCUGGAGGUGUUGAUAUCAGGUAUGUUGCUGUGGGUAACGAACCAUUCCUGUCAACAUACAAUGGCACCUUUGAAGCAACAACACUGCCAGCUCUUGUAAACAUCCAGGCAGCUCUCACAAAAGCCGGUCUGAGCAGUCGGGUCAAAGUCACCGUCCCUUUAAACGCUGAUGUAUAUGAAAGCUCGUCAGAAAAGCCAUCCGACGGCGAUUUCAGAUCGAAUAUCAACAAUCUCAUGCUGCAGAUAGUCAAAUUCUUGAGCGACAACGGAGCUCCAUUCACUGUUAACAUCUAUCCUUUUAUCAGCCUCUACUUGGAUCCCAGUUUCCCCUCUGAAUAUGCCUUUUUUAAUGGCUUCCAGUCUGCUAUAGUUGACAAUGGAAAGACCUACGACAACGUGCUCGAUGCUAACCAUGAUACUCUGGUUUGGGCACUACAAAAACACGGUUAUGGAAACUUGCCUAUAAUUGUCGGGGAAAUAGGGUGGCCUACGGACGGAGACAAAUUUGCAAAUCUUCAAAAUGCGCAGCGAUUUAACCAAGGUUUUAUGUCAAAGUAUGUUUCUGGAAAGGGUACACCGAUGAGGCCUAGUCCUAUAGACGCAUACUUGUUUAGUUUCAUAGAUGAAGAUAAUAAGAGCAUUCAGCCCGGGAACUUCGAGCGUCAUUGGGGGCUGUUUUACUUAGAUGGACAGCCCAAAUACCAACUUAAUCUUGGAACGGGCCGGGCCAACGGAUUGGUAGGAGCUAGCGGUGUUGAUCAUUUGGCGAAAAAGUGGUGCGUUUUGAAGCCUUCAGCAAAUCUUAAUAGUGAUCAAUUGGCACCAAGUGUAUCUUAUGCUUGUCAAAACGCUGAUUGUACUAGUCUUGGAUAUGGAACUUCAUGUAGUAAUUUAGAUGUGAAAGGCAAUAUCUCUUAUGCAUUUAACAGUUACUACCAAGUUAAUGAUCAGAUGGAUAGUGCAUGCAAAUUCCCUGGACUUUCGAUGGUUACCGAUAAAGAUCCUUCAGUUGGAACUUGCAAAUUCAGAAUCAUGAUACAGACAGAUUCUGCUGAGCUAAAUGGUAUUGUUGGGUCAACAACAACAGUGUUCCUUGCUUUGGUUUUUUCACUCUUGUGUAAUGUUAAAUUUUGAUUUUCAUGUUUUUAUUUUUAAUUUAUUAUUGAUGGAUAACUUGAUAUGUCUAUUAAAAAUUCUCAGUAUGUAUGAGCUUAGCCGGUGUAUAAAAACACUCGUAGCAGAUCAAAGAAUGGGUGAAAUUCAGCGAGGUUCUUUAAAUCA